UUAAUUAAAUGGACGAUUCGUCGAACGGCGGCACCACCGGGCUGCUGAUAUUGGAGCAGCAAAAGCAAUCGGCCCUAGCCACGAUGGUCCCACAGCCAAAGAACGCCAACGGCGGUGCUGCUUCCCCGGAAGGACACGACACUAACGAUCGACGGAUGGCCCGGGACGUAGAAGAGGCUAAACGGCGCAUGAAAAAGCGGGUCGAUUUUAUGGAGGAAAACCUACCGCAAAAGGACUCCACCACUCCAAAGCCCUCCGAAGGGACGACCUACGGGUCGCAGUUCGUGGGAAAGUACAGCCCCGUGGCGGACGAUGAUUUCGAGCUGCUGAUCGCCAGCCAGAUGCAAGAUCUCGAAAACAUUCGCUCGGAUUCGGAUUCCGACUUUGGCGAUGAUCAUGGGCUGCCACCUCAGCGUGCUUCUAAAGCGAACCGUGGUGAGCCGGGAAAGGGUAGCGGUGGCAAAGGUGGUGUCGGUGGACACCCGUCUGCUUCCUCGUGGAGUGACGGCAGCAGUAACACCGUGAGCGAUGUGGAGGAGGAGAUAGAGCACGAGUUUUUGGCGCUGGGAAAACCUCGAAGUACGCCGGUGCUUUCUCCCAAGGAGCUACCCUCGAUGGAGGCUUCCGGAGGACCGUUCCGGAUGCUGGUGCCUCCGAUGAGCCCGGGACGGCGGUCGGAUAGCAAUAUCCUGUUCGGGCCAUCCUCGCUGCCCAUGAUACUUCCGUUCCACAUCCGCCGCCGGUUGUCCGAGUGCCGUGAGGAGGACGAAGAGGAUGAGAAGCAGCAGGUGCUACCACCGCAUUCCACGUUGCCACUACGACCGGCUGGCCUUAUUCCUUCGAUCGUCAUUGGCACCACCACCACGUGUCUCGAUGAAGGUCCUGCACGCGAUGGGGAUGUUGGAGCUACCGGCAAGCUGUUGCAGGAGGAUGAAAACGAGACAGCGCUCCCUCGGAAGUCACGUUUUAUGGUCACAAAAACCCAGGAGCAACAGAAGCAAAAUAACCACCAACCAAGUACUCCUCCACGACUGCGGCCAGAAUCGAUCGCACUGUUGCCGGUGUCCGCUGCUCAAAACUCGCAGACGAUCCAUUUUCCCUGCAGCAGCGGUACACAACAGUACGCAGCCAGUCAGCGGACUUCGCUGCGGUCAAUCUUUUCACCCGAGGCAUCAUCACCUCACACGCACACGCCCCAUCUCGAUAGGCGCUAUUUCGAUACAUCACUGGUAGAAAUCCGUCCCCUUCUGGCCAACAGCAGAAGCUCGCUGUCGUCAACGGCGGGAAUCGAUGCCACCGGAUGUGAGGCAACUUCCGCUACGGCAGCUUCAUCGAAUGAUCGUUUGUCGGACCAUCAGCCGUCCAGUAGCAACAUUCCGUUUGAGUUGGAUGAAGUGUGGGUCAAGCGACCGGUUUCGGUGGCAAACAGGGCAGGAGAAGACACCCGAACUGCUGGUGGCCGUGCUGCGACACUUCCGGCAAAUGCAAAACCAAACUACGCAUCCGUCGCAGGCGGCAGUUCCACGUCCAAAAAGUCGCCCGUGAAGGGUGUGAGCGAUGCGAUCGAUGGCAAUGUUUCCGAUUUCCAGCGCCCUUCGACGGCUCCGGCCGGGGAGUCGUCCUCGACGCGCGCCUCCAAGAAGCAAAAGAAGAGCGAAAAGGAAGCCAAGAAGCAGGAGAAAGAAGUAAUGAAGCAGAAGCGGGAGGAGGCCCGUCGGUUGGAAAAGGAGGCGGCCAAACUGGAGAAGCUGAACAGAAAGCACGAGAGUAUAUCGCGCAGCUCGGAACGGGUCGGUUCCGGAGGUCGCUCAGGAUCACUGGAGCGGCGUCGCAGCGGUGAAGAAGCUCCCGUGCUGAACCAAUCGACCGUACACGGUAUUGCUAGUCCGAACAGGCGACCAACGAUUUUCGACGUAUUCCGACCGCGAAAGGGUUCAGAUUCGAAGAAAAAGAAAGACGAUGGAAACAAGUCCGGGUCGGAUAAAGAUAGCACCGGAAUGGGCAGCGGUCCGAUCAGCACCUCCGGGGGCAUUAUGAACAGUAUGAAAGCGGCCUUGCAUGUUGGCGGCCGGCACAGUCAUCAGCACCAACAACCGUCCGCUUCCGGAGGAGCAUCGGCCGCCGCCGGGUCGAAGGUGCGCGAUGGUUCCGCACAUCCACACGCAGGCAGUGAUGCACAGUACUACCAUACGGUUACGGCGGUGCGUCGAGCCGAUGCCGGUAAAUCACCAAUGACGAAAGUGAUGGAUCUGUUUAGACACCGUUCCAAUUCAGCCGUUUCAGAAGCGGAUAAGCGCAAGGCGAAAGCUGCCGCACAGCAUCAGCAACAGCUUGCCGUCCAGUCCGCCCAUAUGCGACGGGCCUCGGCCGAGUUGGCAGAACGUCGUCGAGCAUCACUUGGAGCUACGCGAGGACUUCGAGCAGACGGUACUUUGGAUCCUUACCAUGCCGCGAUCUUGUUCCGUGAUUCCAGAGGGCUGCCCGUCGCUGAUCCAUUCCUGGAGAAGGUCCCACUGUCGGAUUUAGAGGAAGAUGAGUCACAGAUUUUCGUCAAGUUCUUCCGAUUUCAUAAGUGCUACGAUCUGGUGCCGACCUCGGCCAAGCUGGUCGUGUUCGAUACGCAGCUGCUAGUGAAGAAGGCGUUCUACGCGCUCGUCUACAACGGAGUUCGUGCGGCCCCGCUGUGGGAUUCAAAGCGCCAGGAGUUCGUUGGCAUGCUCACGAUCACCGAUUUCAUCAAGAUUCUAAAAAUGUAUUACAAAUCCCCGAAUGCGUCGAUGGACGAACUCGAGGAGCACAAGCUAGACACUUGGCGAAAGGUGCUUCAGGAAGAUGUAAAGAAGCUGGUUAGCAUCGGCCCAGACGCGUCGCUGUAUGAUGCCAUCAAGAUGCUGGUGCACAACCGCAUCCAUCGGCUGCCAGUGAUCGAUCCGAUUACUGGCAACGUCCUGUACAUACUGACUCACAAGAGGAUACUUAGAUUCCUAUUUUUAUAUAUAAAUGAACUACCAAAGCCAUCGUAUAUGCAGAAGACCUUGCGAGAGAUUCGCAUCGGCAGUUAUAACAACAUCGAAACGGCUACAGAGGACACCAGCAUCAUCACAGCGCUGCACAAGUUCGUCGAUAGGCGCGUGUCCGCGCUGCCGAUGGUAGAUGGUGAGGGACGCCUAACGGACAUCUACGCCAAGUUCGAUGUCAUUAAUUUGGCUGCCGAAAAGACGUACAACGAUUUGGACGUGUCACUGAAGAAGGCAAACGAACAUCGAAACGCCUGGUUCGAAGGGGUGCACCACUGUACGCUGGACGAAACGCUUUACACCAUCAUGGAGCGCAUCGUGCGCGUUGAGGUGCACCGACUGGUGGUUGUGGAUGAGGUAAAGAAGGUGAUUGGUAUCAUCUCGUUGUCGGACAUCUUGCUUUACCUGGUGCUGCGACCCAGUGGCGACGGUAUCGGUGAUUCUGAGUCACUCCGUGCCACCGAUCCGAAGCUUCUGAAAGGGGUGGGAGCUCCGGGCAGCAGCAGCAAACUGCAGGGCACCAAGCGCGACAGUAGCAACGAAAGCAUCGAGGAAGAGAAGGAAACCACCGAGGAAGAGAUGGCGUCAGCGGAGUUGACGGUUGCCGGGGAUGAAGCUCACAAGACUGAAACCGUCACAACGCCGGAUGCAAAGGACGAUGCAGAUGCCGAGACGGAGCAGCGCUCGGACGAAUGCGUCGAGUCCGUCCCGGAGCUGGCCGCAGAGGAGUUGGCAGAGGAGGCCAAGGAGGAGCCGGAAGAUUCGGCAUCCACACCGGUCGAUCGCAGCAGUGCCAAUGACUCUCCCGUGGCGCAAGAAAUGCUCGCCACCGAUGUCCCGCUGCAGGCCGUCCAGCGGGAGGUGGGAUUAGUUAGUGAGUAAGUAGGGCAGCCAUUGCGAACGUUCCAGGUUCGGGUCGGAGCAGAUCGGGGGUGAGUUCGACUUUAUCCUCUACUCCGCCCGCAGUGCGCUUGUGUCGCCACCUUUUUUGCGUGCGUGUGAUAUCGGACCGCCAUGGGUUUCCAAUUGUAGUGGAAAAAGCAAUGGGCGAUUCCGACGAGUUGGCGAAUGAGAACUUGAAAGCUUGAACGGCUUAGAGCGGUUUAAUGGCUAGGGGUCGUGGCUGUGUGCCGAUAAUGGAUGGAUACUUGUGGGGUGUAGUUGUAAGUACAAACAAAUAGCCAGAAUGGCAAUCAAAAAAGCUUCAGCUGUGCAGUAGGACGAGCACCGGCUAGAGAUCGGCGCCAUUGCAGCUACAACUACUCAAACAGAGAUGUUUUUGCAACGGUCAAAAUCUAUUCGCUUGGGCUAGAGUCUUGUUCAAGUACUUUUUCCAUUACAAUAAUCGCUUAUCUCUAGUAGAGAACACUAUUGGAACACACUAUUAAAUCUGCGAAAGAAAGAAAUAGCAAAAGUACGCGACUGUGGGACAGAAAGCCAAGACGGAGCGGAACGCAUUGUCUGCAGGUUAUCUCAUUACAGUUUUCUAUAGAUUAUUAUUUUCCCGAUUAGUCAUUGUUUCCGAGACCAGCUUUUUAAUAUGUAUCUGUAUGAACAUGGAAUUAGGUACGUUUUGUUUUACUCUAUGGAUUACUGGGACGCAGUGGAAAAUUGAAUUGCGUCGGUACUUUAUGGCAAAUAUUUGAGUAAUUCCGAUGAUUAUGCAAACUGAUGUGAAGAGAGAAUGCUAGAUGAGAACACCUAAUGCGACUUAAGUAAUUGAUUUUAACAUUAAUUUUGCCAUGGGGCACAGUUAACGAAAUAAAUUGAAGUAGUGAUUGAUUCAAACUAAGAUAGCACCGCGGCGGAGCAGUGGAAUGAAAAACCAAACUUAUUUCAUAGUAAUUUAAAACGAUAUAGUGUAUAGCAGGCGAAAGAUUGGAAAACAAAAAGUAUAGAAAAGGCAUAGCAAACAAAUAACACUGGCUACAAGUGCAAAUGGGAAAAUACACACACACACACGUAACAUUUGUGAAUAGAUAGGAAGACUAGGCAAGAAAAAUGAAAUCUAGAAAUGUUAGCUAUACACAAAUAGAGAUAUACUAUUGCGCUAUAGCAAUGGAACGUAAAAGAUCCUCCAAAGCGCAAAGAUGGACCGAUGCAAUAUCGUGUAUGGAAGUUUAAGCAUUGUUAGCUUUUGAAUGCGACGGUUCGUUGCCUACGGUGCGUUUCGAAUGCUUCGUAUCGUUUAUGUUCUACUGAUUGAUUUAUGGCUCUAUUUACAGCGAAAAUUAAACACGUCAUCUUGGCGUGAAGCUGGGACAGCAUGCAUGCUCAGAGGAACGAUACAUUCGCAACCAAAAACAAGAAAUGAGAAGUGCUUGGAAGCAGUUGUAAUAUUAGUGAGAAUGAAUCAAGCUAUGCAACGUAAUUUUGGUGAUAAAAACGAGGAGCAAUCCUUCCCUCGGGAAAGUGUUCGUGUGCGAAAUGGGUUGCUGAUGCGAUAAGAGUGCAUCUGCUUGUGUACAUUGAAUGCUUUUCUCUUCCAGUGUGUGGCAGGGAAUGCUUGCCAAUCAGCAUUAAUAUUGAGGUUAGCAGCAAUAGCCUGCGACAAAACCCGACCAGAAGGUGUGUAUGUGUGUGUGUGUUGAAGAAGAGUUACACUAUAUAGAAGUAAAAGAAAGUUACGUUGUUUCGCUAAGAUGAAAAAGAAAUAAUGAAAAGUUAAGUCGCGGUAAAAAAUUAAAAAGAUAGCUCAUAUAAACACGUGCCGUAUGCUUUGAAGUAUUCGAUCAUGAUGACCACGGCUUUUGAAAAAAAAAAAAUUACGAGUUUU